AGCCCGGAGGCGCGCGCGCGCGUGUUCGUGACCAGGCUCACGCGCGCCCCUGGCGACAUCUGUUUUUCCUCUCUAGACAGGUGCUCACGCUCCCGUCGUGCGCGCGCACGUCGCGUGAAGAGCUUCUUUCUCUCGCCGCUCCUCCUCAGCUCACACCGACCUCCUCUUCCUCCCGCCGCUCCUCUUCCUCGCUGCCUCUGCGGGCUGAUGGAGGAUGGGAGCCUCGCAGACAUGAGGCGAGCUCCGGAGCAGCCGCUACCGUCCUGAGCGACUCCCUUCUCACCGGGUCCGGAUCCUCAAAUGACCUGCGGCUGAGAACCAGACGGGGGUUUCUCCGGAUCCGGCCCCCGGACCAUGGCAUGCUGCCCACAGCGGGCUUCCAGCACUGAGGAUGGGGCUCCGGUCCAGGACCGUCGCCAGCGGCUCUGAGGAGCUGAGGAAGCAGCCUCCUCCGCCGGGGGACGCGCCGGACCACGGAACCGUACCCACGGACAAGGAUGGAGCUCUGCUGCUGGUGGCUCCGGGCCACCAUGAAUACAAGCGGGGCUCUCAGGGUCUCACGAUCGGGCUGCUGGCCAAGACCCCGCUCAACUACAGCAGACCCACCAAGAGGACCAACAUCCGCAGGCGGAGGAUCCAGAACCAGCUGUACGACGCUCUGGAGCGUCCGCGAGGAUGGGCACUGCUGUACCACGCCUUCGUCUUCCUGAUUGUCCUCGGAUGCCUGAUCCUCGCCAUCCUGACCACAUUCAGAGAGCACGAGAAGGUUUCUGCUCACUGGCUGGUGGUCCUGGAGACCUUCGCCAUCUUCAUCUUCGGCGCUGAGUUUGCUCUUCGUGUUUGGGCCGCUGGCUGCUGCUGUCGCUACAAAGGAUGGAGAGGGAGACUGAAGUUCGCCCGCAAGCCGCUAUGCAUCCUGGACAUCUUUGUUUUGAUUGCGUCGGUGCCGGUGGUGGCGGUGAGGAACCAGGGGAACGUGCUGGCCACGUCGCUGCGAAGCCUGCGCUUCUUGCAGAUCCUGCGGAUGCUGCGGAUGGACCGUCGAGGAGGAACGUGGAAGCUGCUGGGAUCGGCCAUCUACGCUCACAGCAAGGAACUGAUCACAGCCUGGUACAUUGGCUUCCUGUCCCUCAUCCUGGCAUCCUUCCUGGUCUACCUAGUGGAGAAGGAUGAUGUGUCGAUGGAUGUGUCCCAACAGGAUGGUCCAUCUGCUGCAUCUAGGUCUCAGGACUUUGACACCUAUGCUGACGCCCUCUGGUGGGGACUGAUCACCCUGACCACCAUCGGCUAUGGGGACAAGACCCCCAAGACCUGGGCAGGGAGGCUGUUGGCUGGAACCUUUGCCUUGAUCGGUGUCUCGUUCUUCGCUCUUCCCGCAGGGAUCCUAGGCUCUGGUCUGGCCCUGAAGGUCCAGGAGCAACAUCGGCAGAAGCACUUUGAGAAACGCAGACACCCAGCAGCCGGACUCAUCCAGUCGGCGUGGAGGUAUUACUCCACCAACCCCAUCAGAGAGGACCUGAUCGCCACCUGGAGGUUCUACGAGACCAUUAUCUCCCUGCCUUGCUUCAGAACUGUCUCUCUGUCUGACUCCAGGAAGGACCAGCUGGAGGUAAUCGUGAGUCAGAAGCUGAGUCUGCUGGAGCGUGUUCGCCUCCCGAACGCUCGGCAGUCGGUAUCGUCGGUGAAGAAGCUGUCGGGACACGAGUCUGUUGAGGACAGUCCGUCCAAAGAACCCAAACCGGCCGGCUUUAGCAACAGGGAGCGUUUCCGCACGGCGUUCCGUAUGAAGGCGUACACCCUGCGCCAGAGUUCGGAGGAUGCUGGUGCGCUGCCUGAGCAAGCCCUGGAGGAGCGGGGCUUUCCCCCCGACAUCCUCAUGGAGGACAUGAUCCCAACGCUGAAGCUGGUCAUCCGGGCGGUCAGGAUCAUGCAGUUCCUGCUGAACAAGAAGAGGUUCAAGGAGACUCUGAGGCCAUACGACGUGAAGGACGUGAUCGAGCAGUAUUCGGCCGGGCACCUGGACAUGCUGUGCAGGAUCAAGUACCUCCAAACCAGGAUUGACAUGAUCCUUGCCCCAGGCCCACUCCUCACACCCAAACACAAGAAAACUCAGAAGGCGCCUUUUGCCGACCCAGCGAACCAGUCACCCAGGCUGGAGACCGACCCAGGCAAAACUGCUGCAAUGCAGGAUGCAGAGGACCAUAGCAUGAUGGGAAGGUUCGUCCGGGUGGAGAGACAGGUGGAAGACAUGGAGAAGAAGCUGGACUUCCUGGUUGACAUGCACAUCCAGCACUCUGAGCAUCUGCAGGUGGACUCAGCAGGAACGGCCCACAUGACCCUGGAAACAUGCCACCCGACGGUCGAUGGAGAGAUUCGCCGGGUUUUUUAUAACUACGCCGAGGCGUUCCCGCACAUGUCCUACCAGGUGCCUAAAGCGAACCCAUGUUACAGCACGGCGGCGCGGGGAGACCGGGAGCCAGGUCUUCCCCUGGCCGGGAUUCCAACCUACACCGAGCGCCCCACCGUGCUGCCCAUUAGCUCCCUACAGGACUUGUCUGGGCCUGUACGGACCGGUCCUGGUCGGGGUGCCGACUCGCCGCUGUCCAUGCUGUCGGUCAACCACGACGAACUGGAGCGCUCUCCAAGCGGCUUCAGCAUCUCGGGCGAGCGGGAAGGACAGGACGGGGGGAACUCCUCUAUGGGGGCACCAGUUGCUGGUGGAGAGGGCAGCUGGACCCGACCAAGACCCAGCUACCUGGCCGAAGGGGAGACGGACACAGACACUGAUCCCUUUACACCGAGCGCUGGACCUCUGCCGCUCUCCUCAACAGGCGAGGGAUUCGCUGAUACCGUAUGGAACACGCCGCCGUGACAAAGGCAGGAACCUGCACAGGAAGUCAGAUCGGACCAAACGCCUCCCUUUAACAAGGGUCAGAUCCAGAACCGCGUGGGGGUGAUCUGGUCUGCUGUAAUUUGCCUUGAUGCUGCAGAGUCUUACCCGUCCCCCGGUGCAGACCGGCCGCACCAGUCACCCGGGGGACGGGGGUCGCCCGGGGGACCGGGACUAUACACGUACUAUAACCACCUGAAAGCUUUAUCGCUGCACUGCAUGGAAACGCAUGCGAUCUCUAGACUAGACUCUGCCCAGAGCCACGGGGGGCGCACAGGCACUGGUGCACACAUCUGUUUCGGUUCCCACCACCUGGUCUUUGACUGUAUUUGUGUCUCUCACCUGCUCCAGCGCCCCUGUGACGCCGGGACUCCAGUUCAGGAAGAAACAUGACUGUUUUCUAUCUUUUUUUAUACCAACACAUUUCCAUCCUAGUGCAUGGCCUGCAUGACCACCCGGUCCGAGUGAGGGGGAGCUCCUGUGUGCGUGUGUGGGUACGUGUCUGUAUGUGUGUGUCAUCUUUUGUCUCACCGCUGAACUGUGUCUCCAUAAAAAAAGAAACAACUGGCGAUUCUGUUGCCUCAAACACGACAGUGGAGUCGACACUCGAAGGUUCUCUGGUCCUUUGUGACAUCUCACUGGGUUUGCUGACCGUCUGGCUCAACAACAUUCAUAUGUCCUGGAUCUCAUGUGGUCAGUCUGGAGGUUAGCAACUGCUAACCCUAAGCUAACCAUUGUUAACUCUAAGUUAGAUAGCCUCUAUGAUCAGUACCUUAUAUUGUGUAGCAUAGCAAAAUGCUAGCUUUAGCUUGUGAGCUUAGUGAUGACUCAGCUAUCUCUGCCAGCACCUUAAGUUAUAGCGAAUCCAGCUCCUGACUUUGGUGGCCUCCAGAACGAAUCACAUUCUUGUCGUCUUCUGGAAUUUCCUCAACAACUAAAUUCAUUUUAUUCACAUGUUUAGUUCCAGCUGAUGCCGCUCACAGCCUCCGCCACACAAGUCCCAAGAUGAAGUUUAAAACCCUCCAGACCAGAGACCCAGUCGCCACUGUCGGAUGUUUGAGCCAAGAUCAGAAAGGAAGCACUUCAAACGGCAGACGAUUUUUUCACCAGAGCCGAUCUGAGUUUCAUACUUUAGAGCAGAACAGUCCUGCAUUUACGUAUCAGUCGAUAUACCUGACGGUUGCAGCAUGUGCACAGCUUCAGUGUCUGGUCCUGAACUUCCACGUCAGACGCAGACCCCCAGCUAGCUAGGAACGGUGUCACACCCAGUAAAUUUGAGCCCCCUGCUGGCGACAGUGGGAACUAGUCGAGGGAGGCGUCUGGCACGGAAGCUAUGACACGACUGGGAAAUGAUGCAGACAAUUAUAUUCUUGAUAAUCUUAUAAUCUUUAUUAGUGGACUAUUUAUCUUCUGAAACAUACCAACAGCAGCAAGGCCACAAAAUCUGGUUUCCUUCCACGGCUUCGUUCCACCCCUCAGCACAUCAGGCUUCUCUUAGUUUUGGACUUCAGCAGCGGGUUUGUAAAGUUUGUUUCGGGUUGUUGUUGUCUGUGUGUAGAGAGAGAUGGUGCGAGGAUCCGUCCUGGACAACUGGACUCUGACAGCUCGGAGAACAUCAAACUGGAGGCUGAGGAGAUGGUCAUCUGACUGAGUCAUCACAGAGCUAGCACGGCCAACCGUGUCCGUCUCUUCUCUCUGGUCCUCAGACUUGAUGUUCCCACGUCCGUCUUCCCCACCGUCAGAGAGGAAAGGCGCCAGUCACAAUGUUUGGUUAACCUGAAAGGGAUCCUCAGGAAUUCAAGCCAGAACCAGAACCGUCUGCUGCAGAACAUCUUGGGCUCAAGUUUGUUCCGUCAGAUUCAAAGCAUGGACCUAAUCUGGUUUACGCCUGGUUUCACCUUCUGACGUUACAUAAUCCCAGAAUAUUGACUUGAUUCACAUUCAAAAUCUGAUUUAUUACCGUGACAAAAGAUGGUUUACAUGUGUUGAAAUAAUCUGGUUAAUAAUCCUGCGAUGCAUGGUAUAAUCUGGUUAAUCAGAUUAUUGUUUACACCGGGACUGAAUCGGAUUCAUACUGUUAAUCUGGUUUACACGUCCUGCCGACUAAGAAUACCGUUACAGUCUGGAUAAUCUGAGAGAUUAAACUCUUCUGGGGUCGUCAGAGUUGACAGCUGUAAAACCUUUAGUUUGAGCCUCUCUGAAUCUCAAGCCAUAAAUGAUCUGAAGCUUCAGCGCCCUCUACAGUGUGUGUGUGCCACUGAGCAUGUUUGAAGGUGCAGUGGGAGAGUGUGUUUGUCGUCCGCGGGUCGCUGUUCUGUCCGUGCAAGGGACGCACCGCCACGUUCAAGAAGUUUGGAUUGCAGCUGAUUUUUGUGCCUUUUUCCCACUUUUGUGUUUCUUGUGUGUCACUGUUCUGUUGUCUGGAAUAUCUGCGCGGAAAGUCGUGUGUCGACACAACUAGGUGGAUCUGCAUCAUGCUAGCUGUUGUCGGAGCUGCAUCUGUGCAUCAAGUCUGGAGCCUGGAACGUUCCGUAACAGCAAAUGGCGCUUUAAUUCAGACGCGAUUCAAAGGGCUAGCAAAGUUAAUCUGGCGCAACCUGCAAAAUAUCAAUGAUGUCCCGCUUCCUUUUUACAAUUCUGGAGGCAAAUAUUUCAGUCUGCUGUUUUAACAUCAGUGCAAGGUUUUAGCCUCUUAGCAUUGUCCUGAAAUGUGUUUCUGAUUUAUUAUGGCUAAUAUAGUUGUUAUUCAGACAAACGUCAAGAUGGGAACGUCAGUUUCUGAUUACUGAGCCGACAUCAAAUGCAGAACAAAUAGCCGACAACAGAGCAACUUUACGUAAAACUUGUUGGUUUGUUAUUGAACCUAAAAAGCUAGCUGACAUUAGCAUAUGUGCCUGAACGUUCGGACAUAAAAGAACAAACUUGUGCCAAAAAUACAGCCGAGCGUGCCAGCUAACCACGUGCUAACGCUAUCUGACACGUAAAAUGAAGCACAAAGAUCCACGUUUCUCCAACUUCCUGCUGUUGGCAGGAAGUCAACUGCCAAAACAAAAGCGACAGCAAGCCCCGAUAUUCCAGACAGGCGGACCCGAGCGUGCCGUCAGCGGUGGAAAAAUUUCAAAGUUGUUUUAGCAAAAGUUGUCGGACAACUUUACACGAGUGGCCUUCUGAGCUUCAAACAUCACGUCUGUCUCCGUCCGACCACCUUUCGUUUCAACCAGUAAAUAUGCAAACCUGUUCCCAUCCCGAUUCACCGUCAACAAUAAAGUGCUACUUUGACGACAUC